UAAGUUAGGGAGGGACCCAUUAGCUGUCAUUUGUUGUUCGUGGGGCUCUCCUUUUUACAUUUUCUUCUCAGUGGUCUUUGGUUAUUCUGCUCACUCUGCUCAUUCUGCUUUGCAAUUGACUUCUUCUUUCCUACAAGUACCUAAUUUUGUGACUAAACCACCAAAAUCUAUACUAUACUUGAAAACGUCAUAUUCCCACUAUCCAGAAGUGCAAAUAGCCAUCUUCACUUCACCCCACUAUUCUACUUCAAACUUACGAACCCCGUUCAACUCUUCCCUUCCACCCCGCACAACCAUCCUCUCCUCCUUCUCCCUCAGGACCAAAUCCCAAUCCCAAAAUGGCCAAUGCAAACUCCCCCGAAAUCCUCGCGGCCUACGAUGAUGUCCGCUCCGACAAAUCCCCAACCAACUGGCUCAUAAUAUCCUACGCCAAAACCGGCAACUCUCUCGCCCUUACGGCCACCGGAGAAGGUGGCCUUGCCGAAUUACGUGAAAAGUUGGACCCUACCCAAGCACAAUACGCUUAUCUACGUGUGGAAUACGCCAACGAUAGCGAAUCUUCAAGAAUCAAGUUCGCCUUCAUUGUGUGGAUUGGGGAACAGACAAAGGUUAUGAGAAAGGCAAGGGUUAGCAUCGAGAGUGGUGCCGUCAGGGCCGUGUUGAGUCAUCACAGUGUGACAAUAGAUGCGAGGGGUGUGGAGGAUUUGGAUGAGGCGGACAUAGUUAAGUUGUGCAGGAAGGCAGGGGGUGCAGAUUAUAAUGGUGGCAGAGGAUGAUGAUAUUUAGGAAGGGAAGGGGUUUCGAAAGUAACAAUAAUGAGCAGAGGAUGAUUUGGAAAGAAUGGAAAAGAUACCCCAGAUCAUACAGACAUUGGAAUAGACUACUACAGGUUAUGGUCUCAAAGUUUCAAACAUGCAGCACACAUGAUGAUUCGCAAUUGGACAUUUGCAUUGG